GCGAUAAUCCUGAUUCUCCUGAUAAUGACAUAAAAAGAAUUACGGACGAAGAAUUUGACUUGUUUUUAAAGACGCCAAUUUUAAAGCAUGAUAAAAGAAGCGGUAAGACUAUGAAUAAAGGGUCUGACGGUGAAAAAACUGACGAAGAAGAAACUGAUGAUAGUGAAAAUGAUAAUAGUUAUAAUGACUAUAAUUUUUCAUCAAGAAAUAAUUCCGAUAGGCAUAUUGAGCGGUCAAAUUCUCAAGAAAAUCGUGUUAAUCUUGAACAAAGGAACAAUAUUAAUGAACAUAAAGAUUUUGGAUGGGCAAAUUCUCAAGAAGGCAACCGUGUUGAUCCUAGACAAUUUCAUGUAGAUCCUAACUCAUGGGAACAUGUUAGCAGCAAGAAUUCUGGGUCUUAUCGAGGAUCAGCAUAUGAUAUUCCUCGCUAUCCAAAAGGUCCCACUAUCCCUGAUAAUAAUAGCCAAGGUUCACAUCGUACGUCUAUGCCUGGCAGUUUCAAUAGCUCAAAUACAUACGGUCCUCUUACAGAUAAUAACGGAGAACGAGAGUCUUUAUAUGAAGGUUACCGGAAAAAGGAAU